GGAGCGAGGACACCACCGGGCUCCUGCCGCCGCCUCCUUCCUCCUCCUGCUGCCGGGCUGAACGGCGGGGUCGUCGGCAGCGUGAGGCGAAGCGGUCGGCUCCGGUCUCCUCUUCAUGGCAGGGAACUUCUGGCAGAGCUCGCACUAUUUACAAUGGAUUUUGGAUAAACAAGAUUUGUUGAAGGAACGCCAAAAGGACUUGAAAUUUCUGACAGAAGAAGAAUAUUGGAAACUGCAGAUAUUCUUUACUAAUGUCAUCCAGGCUUUAGGUGAACAUCUUAAAUUAAGACAACAAGUUAUUGCCACUGCUACAGUCUACUUCAAGAGAUUCUAUGCCAGAUAUUCCCUAAAAAGUAUAGAUCCAGUAUUAAUGGCUCCUACGUGUGUGUUUUUGGCAUCCAAAGUAGAGGAAUUUGGUGUGGUCUCAAACACAAGGUUGAUUUCUGCUGCUACUUCUGUAUUGAAAACUAGGUUUUCUUAUGCCUUUCCGAAGGAGUUUCCGUAUAGGAUGAAUCAUAUAUUAGAAUGUGAAUUCUAUCUUUUAGAAUUAAUGGAUUGCUGUUUGAUAGUGUAUCAUCCUUAUAGACCUUUGCUCCAAUAUGUACAGGAUAUGGGCCAAGAAGACAUGCUGCUACCCCUCGCAUGGAGGAUAGUGAAUGACACAUAUAGAACUGAUCUUUGUCUACUGUACCCUCCCUUCAUGAUAGCCCUAGACAUGUCCCCACACAAAUUUUACUUUGCAGCUUGCCUACAUGUGGCCUGUGUUGUCCAGCAGAAGGAUGCAAGGCAGUGGUUUGCUGAGUUGUCUGUUGAUAUGGAGAAGAUUUUGGAAAUAAUCAGGGUCAUUCUAAAACUGUAUGAACAGUGGAAGAACUUUGAUGAGCGGAAAGAAAUGGCUACUAUUCUUAAUAAGAUGCCUAAACCGAAACCACCUCCAAACAGUGAAGGAGAACAGGGUCCAAAUGGAAGUCAGAACUCCAGCUAUAACCAGUCUUAAGACAUUCCAAAGAACUUUAUUAUGGACCACUUUGGAUCAAGACAUACUAGGAUCUCAAUUGUGUUCAUGAAAUGGACAGAAGGUUUUAAUAAUGUCUUUGACAAAGAACUUGAAGAAUAAAUGGCUUGUUUCUAUCAAGCAUGUUGAAAGCUUUUUCUUUAAAACUGCAUGAACCCCUUUAACACUGGAACAACCGUAUUAGCAAGAUUUCUCAAUGUAAGGCAUUCAAAAGUUUUGAACAGAGCUUCAAAAGAUUCACACAUCCACUUCAGUAUUAAUAGCUGAAUACUGUUUUGUUUGCUUUCAGAAAAUGUAGAUUGCCAUUAAAGUGAAGAUUAUUUUUUAAACUACAGUAAUGAAGCCUGUUGAUUGUAACCAUAUUAAUGACCCUGUGUCUUUUAUCAUUCAGUUUGUUACUGAAGGAGAACAGUGUAUAAAUCUUGUCAUUUACCUAUUUGUUUUAUAGCUAAGGUAUAUUAUAAAAAAAAUUGUUUCAGCAACAAAAGCUGCAAAAACCUGAAAACAGUGCAGGAAAGAAAUUAAGUUCCUCUUCUGGACUGAAGUGAUACUGUUUUACUCAGUACAUGUAGCUUGGAUAUUUUUCCACAAAACUUAGUAGCCCAGCCUACCAGAAAAGUGCAAUAUGUAUAGUGGACAUUUGAAAUGAACCUCAGUUUUCUUCACUAUUUCAAAUAUUAGGAAUUUUGAAGUUUAUAAAUUAUUUGCAAGUACUAUACUGUGCAAUACUCAAGUGUUUUAGAAGCACAUAGCAAUAUUAUCCAGAUGAUUUUUUUUUUAUUGUGGGGUUUUUUUGGUACAAAAAGGUAUAUACUGUUAGUCUGCCUUCAUAUCAUGAAUUUGAGAUUUUAUAGAAGUUUAUUGAAAGGAACAAGCUUCAUCAUGGCUGUUUUAAAAUGUGACUAAGAGUAGCUCUUAAGAAUUAUUGCAACGGGAUUCUUUUGUUACCUACUUGCUGGACAAAAUGAGUUUCCUUCAAACCACGGGUUGUAGCCUACAUUCCUGAGUCAUGCAGAACCUCCCACAUAAGUCACGAUUAGGCCCUAAAAAUUUUAAUGUUUUGUCCCCCUUGCCCAACAACUUGUAUACUACUUAAUUCUCAACUGAAAAUGCUGAUUUGCCCACAAAUAAAAGCUGAAUGAUAAAAACUGAAGUCCAAUAGCUUUUUUAUCCAAUCUAUUUUUUUUCUAAAACAUACUAACAUUACACAGGUCUAAAAUAUAGACAAUAAGUGCUUGAAAAACCUGGCCUGAUAGACCUUGUUAAUUCUAAAACUUCACCCAUUUAAAAACCCCCUUACUUUUUGUAGUCCUCUACUGGACUCCUCAUUCAAUGAAGUGCAAUGAAAAUGUGGUUUUGUAUGCAAUCAAUGAGGCUACUUGCACUUAUUCUAGUUAUUUUUAUAAAACAUUUGAUGCAAAUUAAAACCUGCUUUAUAGUAAGACAACAGACAUUUUAGCCUUAUUUCAUUACUUUUGCUGGUAAAGACACUUGGUCCUUCUAAUCUUGAAAACUGGCUUGUUGGUUUUAUCCCUUGAAACUUAAACAGUGUAUUGUUUAUAACAUGGAUACAAUGAGUAGGAAUAAAUCAAUGUAAACUAA